GCCCCCGCUCCCCGCUCCUCUCUCCCCGCCACCCCACUGCUGCAGCGAUGGAGCCGCUACAGCGGACACCCCACACAGCGGACACCCCCUAACCCCGCUACAUCGGACACAUACCCUCCCUCCCCCCUCCCUCCUCCCACACCACCCCUCCUCUCUCUCUCUCUCUCUCUCUACAUGAACCCACCACCCUCUUCGCAUUCUGCCUUUUCAUUUCCCUCCCUCUCUCCUUCCCUCUCUCUCUGCAGCUUGACGGCUCUCUGCAUCCUGCCUUUUUUUAUAUUCCUCCUUUCCUCUCUCCUUCCCCCCUCCCUCCUCUGCAUGGAUCUUGCAGCCUUUUUGCAUUUUGUCUUUUCAUUAUCCUCCCUCUCUCCUCCCCUCAAAUCCUUCUGCUCUCCAUGAAUCUCCGAGGCUUUUUGCAUUCCGCCUUUCCAUUUUCCUCCCUCCCCCCUUCCCUCCUUCCCUGAGAGGGGGAGAAGAAGAGAGAGAAAAAAAACAACAAUCCCAUAUCGUAGCGGCGAUGUGGUCGUAUUUGUACCUCGCACUGAUGCUUAUGUCUGGACUGUGUCAGCCCAGCCUUGCCUUCAGCUCCCACUUCGAUCCCGGCCACUGGACUUCAGGUCAGAGAGGUGAUGGAACACCCAUCGGUGAACUAACGUGGUCCUCCUCCCUGGCUGUGAUCGCUGUGUCUUUCUCUGGACUCUUCACCUUCAUCUUCCUCAUGCUCGCCUGCCUCUGUUGCAAGAAAGGGGACAUUGGGUUUAAGGAGCCGACCUCUGCCGUCAAACAUUUCAGCCAAAAGGAGUUUGAGAACAACGCAGGGGAGGACGACCCGGGAGAGAUCUCACCCCACACCACGUCCUCCUUGCAGAAUGGACCUGAGGUUUACAUUCUGCCCCUCACCGAGGUUUCCCUCCCUGUGUCCAGCCAGCCGUCCACCAGACCAGGGCACUUCCUCCACCCAGCGGACCUAGGCCGUCAGAGCCUCCUGUACCUGAAGGAAGUCGGUCACGGCUGGUUUGGAAAGGUAUUCCUCGGUGAAGUGAACAUCAGCCGCAACUCCUGCCAGGUGGUGGUGAAGGAGCUAAAGGUCGGAGCCAGCAUUCAGGACCAGAUGCGAUUCCUGGAGGAAGUCCAGCCCCACAGGAGCUUGCAGCAUCCCAAUCUGCUCCAGUGCCUGUCACAACUCACGGAGGUCACACCAUACCUGUUGGUCAUGGAAUUCUGUCAGCUGGGCGACUUAAAGGGCUACCUGAGGACCCACAGUGCGGCGGACGAACUGGCCCCGGACCCCUCGACCCUGCAGAGAAUGGCGUGUGAGAUUACGUCAGGGCUCCAGCACCUCCACAAACAUCACUACAUCCACAGUGACUUGGCUCUACGCAAUUGCUUGCUGUCCGCGGAUCUGACCGUCAAACUCGGAGACUAUGGACUGUCUCACAACAAGUACAAGCAAGAUUACUUGGUAACUCCCGAUCAGCUCUGGAUUCCGCUGCGCUGGAUUGCACCUGAGCUCAUCGAUGACGUCCAUGGCAAUCUGCUCGUGGUGGAUCAAACCAAGAUUAGCAAUAUCUGGUCCCUGGGUGUUACCUUGUGGGAGCUGUUUGAGUUUGGAAACCAACCCUAUCACCGCUGUUCCGAUAAGGAGGUGCUCACCUAUACCAUCAAAGAGCAGCAGCUGAAACUCCAGAAACCACUGCUCAACCUUCCACUGUCUGAACGCUGGUACGAGGUGAUGCAGUUUUGUUGGCUGCAGCCGGAGCAAAGGCCCACGGCGGACGAGGUCCACCUUCUCCUCAGCUACCUGUGCGCCAAGGCGUCCAGCGACGUGGAAGAGGAGUUCGAGAAGCGCUGGAACGCGAUGAAGCCCGGUGGCUCCAGCUGCAGACGCGCCACCCAGCUCUCCUCCUUCCCCCUACUCGAGCAGUUCGGGCAGGAUGGCUUCCACACCGAGGUGGACGACGUGCUGACCGUCACGGAGACCAGCCAGGGGCUCAACUUCGAGUACAAGUGGGACCGCAAGCCCGUCGAGAACUUCCAGCCGUCUCCGGUGGGUCUGGUGCAGGCAGGCUCCCAGUAUCAGGAGAUCUACUUCCCCAGCAGCGCCUCGGGGAGGCUGAGCCUCAGCGUGUCGCCCGUCUGCUCCAACUCCUUCUACGAGUCCAAGCAGCAGUGCAGCCUGCCGCAGAGCCUGGAGCCGCCCGGCGUGGUGCCGGUCAUCAGUGCGCACAGUCCGUCGGUCACCGGCGAGUAUUACAUCCGCAUCGAGGAGCCGAGCGACUGCAACAUGGAGCUGGACUACACCAUGUGCAGCUACAGCCCCGAGUGCCAACCGGAGUCAUCCUGGCGAGGCUUCCAAGCCAGGGACACCAUGAUGGACAACGGGGACAACAGCCCCACCAUCUCCCUGACCAUGGAGCCUCUCCUGGGCCACGGCUUGUCCGGCGGCCAAGGUUCCUGGGAGAGAGAGCCCUAUUUCACCCGCAGCAAGUCCGCCCAAGAGUUCUACCACACCUUCCCGGGAGAUGAGGCCAACCAGUCCCUGUUGGCCAACGACAGCUGGAGAGGGGGGGACUCGGGAGAGAAGGGCUUCGUGGACCCUCUGGGGGUGUCACCCCUGGAGCUCGCCCCUUCCUUCGGGGACCCCGGUUCGCUCUUCAUCGCCUCCUACGACCAGUUGGACGAGACCGGGUUGGCCAAUGGGUACCAACCGGCGGCGGCGGCGCCAACCGAGCCCGCCUUGGACAAUGCAAAGCCUCUCCCCAGCCGUGACCCCUGGCACCACGACAUCACUCCCCAGCCACGGGAGAGCGCGUUUGAGGCGGAGGAUGGGGACCUUCUGACCAGCGAGGUGGUACCGAGGGCGCUGAGCGGCGGGUUCGGCGGCGAGAUGGCACCGCGCUCGCUGGAGCGGGACGGGCAAGACUCGGGAUUUUUUGGUGGCAAAAUCCAAGCGGACAUUUCAGACAUGGACCUGUCCAAGAUGGGGAUUCUGCCCCCCCUCUCCUUCUCCCACCCGCUGGAACCACUGGCCUCCAAGGAGAAUGGGGGGUGCGAGGGGGAAGAGGGGUGCAGGGAAGGCAGUCGCCUCCUUACAGUGGGGGGGUGCGGGCACCCCCUCUCCAGCCCUGAAGCUCAGAGACAGUCUCCCGCGGAGUUGGGCCCAGAGGGGAGAGGGGACCUCCUUCCUGCCCGGACGCAGGCUUCGAGAGACGAGGAGUUUGUCGACCCUUUGUCGGGGCUGGUGGUGAAGAACUGCAGGAGCGCUGCCAACGGGGGCGAGACCUUGCCCGACCUAGACAUCACCAAACCAUCAACGGACAGCUCGGGCCACAGAGAUCGCCCGGAGUCGCCCCAGGAUUUCGCGCAGGUGGAGAUCGCGGUGACGGACCUGACCAUCGUCUCCCCGCCGUCUGAAACCGCCCCCAAAGGCCACGACAUCUCCCCGGUCAAGACCCUGUCCAGCACCAGCUUCCCCGAGACCGACGUGGGCAGCGACGACGAGACGGAUGUCACAUCUGAGAUAUUCACCGACCUGGCGCCGGAGAGCGAGAGCUGCAGCGAUCUGUUGGUGGCGACUUCUCACAAGUGCCUGCACAACAAGGUGGUGGGGACACCAGACUCGCUGGAGUCGCUGGACAUCCCGUCCACGGGCAGCUCCUGCGACACAUUCAGCCCCACCUCGCACUACGCCUCGCUGCAGCCCAGGGCCGCCGACAGCGGCUACGACACCGAGAACUUCGAGUCGCCCGAGUUCGUGUUGAAGGAGCCGGCGGAGCAGAAGGUGGGCGCGGGGAUUGGCGAGGGAGCCGAGGACUUCGAGCCGCCCUCGCUGGAGGAGGAGGAGGAGAAGAGCUCCUGCCGGGACUCGGCUUACUUCUCGGACUAUGACGCGGAGUCGGAGCGGUGCCCAGCAGCGCCGGAGUUGGACAGAGAUGACCUCUUGGUGGAGAUGCAUGUGGCCAGCGCUCCUCCACCGCCGGUCAACGGGUCCUCACAGCCCAACCACGCAGUGGAGAUGCCGGUCCAUGCAAUGGGUGAGGAGUCACAGCAGCGUUGCAACCCGACCCAGAGUCUUGCCAAGUUGGAGUCCACGGACAUCGAGGAGAUCUCCGACCAGGCCGAGAUCCCAAUGACCACCACCGGUUGCACAAGAACGGACCCAAGCGGCCACCCGGCGAUCGGCGACAAGUUUGACCAUCGGGGCAAGGACGGUGUUACGACGGUGGACUAUUAUGUUUGUAGGCAGAUGUUUGAUGAAAGAGUGGGCUUCGGCUCAGAGAGCGGAGAUGGGUUGGUCCAGAAGAAGUGCAACUCAGAGAGACUGGCAGCUCUCCCCAAGAAGGGAGGCCACUACAAAGCACCAUCGGGCUGCAUCUUCGACGGCACGGAGUUGAUUCUGGAGGAACAGUUGUCUGAGCCGGGGAACCAGAGGGGGGUGGGCUUCCACGGCGCAGCCGAGGUGGCGGCGAGGAAAUUCCAGCCCUACUCCCUGAACGUGGAGGAGAGGCUGGAGAGAUGCAUCGUGCCCAAGAUGCAGCUGGUGCAGCUGACCCUGGAGUUGCCCCCGCUCACCCUCAGCAAGGAACCCCGGCCCCCCUUCAUCGGCGAGGAGGGGGAGGAGGAGGAGGGGGAGGGCGAGGAGGAGGAGGAGGAGGAGAGCGACGACUCGGACGAGGAGCUGCGCAUCUACAACAUCCAAGAGGACAGCGAGGAGGACGCGCCCGCCGUCCCCAUCGUGGUGACUGAGAAAGACGAUGGCAGGAACCUGCGCAGCCUGCUCAAGCUGCCCAACCUGAUGUGUGACACCUACUGCGAUGACCUGGAGAGGAAGAAAAAGGCCGUCUCAUUCUACGACGACGUUACCGUCUACCUCUUUGACCAGGAGAGUCCGACAGGGGAACUAAGUGAGCAGAACAUUCCAGAUGUUGACCCAGCCCGGCCCCACCUACCUGACCAUUUGCAGGACAAGAGCACCAACAUCUCUGUGGUAUCGGAGAGACAGAAGGGCACCAGUGAUCCUUCACCCCGAAACUUCGCUGAAGAAAGCGGCGGCUUCGAAUGGGACGAUGACUUCCCUCUGGUGUCAGUCAAGUCGUCCUUGGUGACGGAAGGGUCCGUGCUGCCCGCGGACCCUGCCUCCGCCGGCAGUUCCCCGGGGUCCGAGCAAGGCCCGGCGCAUCAGACACGCUUCUCCCGAUUCACCGUCUCUCCCGCCACCCUCUCGAGGUUCUCCAUCACACACGUAUCAGAUUCAGACAUCGGCCCAGCAGGAGGUAGCAGCGCUGAACGUGGUGAGAGGGAAUGACUGGUGAGUCCACGGAUGGAACUCUUGUUUUAUUUUUCGUGGGGAAUUAAUAUCAAAAUGGACAAGACCUGACCAGAAAAGGAAUUGCAAUCAAAUGCUUCACUCGAUGACCUGCCCUGGAAUCGAUGGGACAAAUUGAUGGCGAGUUUUGGCUGCCAGCGCGUACGGGCGCCGCACUGUUUCCAGUACUGGGUGGGUGACUCAGUCCUUCCCCUCUCCAGUUUGGAUCCUCUCGUCCCGGUUCAGUCGGGACUUCCUCAACACCGAUAUCGUCACGGCAGGCCAACCUGAUCCCGAAUUUCUGCUGGUGCCCACCCCCUCUCCCUCUCCCCAAACUCCCCUUGGGACAAGUGGGUCGGGUUACGCCAGAAGAAGGAGGCAUCUUGGAACUGGAGGAGACCACCCACACGCCGCCAGCAACACGCCUGCCCCGGGGAAGGGACCUGAUAUUUAACGUGUGACCCAACUGUGAGGGUUUCCAGAAAAAACAAGACACUGUAGACAGUUUGGCCACCAUUUAUAUCGAACCACGUCUUGCAAAUAACACCAUCCGCUUAUAGACACCGACCCCCGAGGCCCACAGCAAGAUGUGCUUGGAUUAAGCUAUUUAUUAACCAUUUACUGCUCACAUCAACCAUGCCUCACAGUGUUCAAUCCACAGUAUUUAGUGUUGCGCCUUUAUGCGUUUGAUAUUGAAUAGUGUAGGAGGCCAGUUAAACUGCAAUCUCUAUACUAUUUUUGUAAAACCAGUCAAACUACUGAUGAAUAUAUUGUAAAUGUUGCCAAAGAGAUGUAAAAGAUUGUGCAGCUCUGAGCGGUGUUAGUUGCUUCCUGUACGGCUUCAAGCUUCAGUGUCUCGGUAUAAACUCUGGAAAGAUGCAUACACGCACUUUCUGCCCAUCCUUUUGCUUCUCAAUUGAUGCAACAUCUAUUCUAUAACAAAAGAUUAACCAGUUGCAUGACAUCAGUAAGGGGGGCUAUCUUUUUAAGUGUUACAACUCUUAGUAUUCUGUUAACUGAUCAAAACGGGUCAUUACCGCUAGUCAAUGUUUUAUUUCCAUCUAGUUACCAGCAUGUGGCUUAAAUUACCAUACUAAUAAACUUUUUAUGAUAUCUUA